AUGGCUAGACAGAAGGAUCGAUUUUGGGAUCAUGUUGAGAAGCUGGAUGAUGGUCGUUUCAACUGUACAUUUUGUGGCUUUAAAUUUGCUGCUGCUGCUUCCAUUUCAAGGAUCAAAUGGCAUUUGUCAGGAGAGGAAGGGCAUGGUGUUGCAGUUUGUGGGCAAGUUCCUCAACAAGUUCAAGAAGCAGCAUUUCUAGAUAUGCGACAUUGCAACAAAAGACAUAAAGGCAUAGCAAGUUCAAGCAAUUUUAAUGAUAAUGCCAUUUCAACCACUCCACAAGAACAAAACAAUGAAGUCGACAAUGUGGCAGGAGAUGCAGGAACGACACAAGAAGCGGAUAGAAUGGGUCACCCACUUGGAAGAAGUGUGGAAGAGUUCAGUAGAUGGUUAAUGGAGGAUGAUACAGAGAAUGGGACUGGAGGAGUAGUGCAGCCUGGUGCAGGAGCUAGCUCUUCUGGAGGGCUUACAAGCAACACAAAUGAGACUCCAGGAGAUCCAUUACCUACUAGCUCUACAAAGCUAGUGGGUAAAGCAUUUGAACAGAAUACAAAUCUGAUAUGGUCUUGGUUAAUGGAUGAUGAAGUCUCGACAAUUGGCAUUUACGGAAUGGGGGGAGUCGGUAAAACGACAAUGAUGAAACAUAUCCAUAAUAAGCUUCUAGAAAGACUAGGCAUUUCUUAUUGUGUUUACUGGGUGACCGUGUCUCGAGAUUUCAGCAUUGAAAGAUUGCAAAAUCUUAUUGCUAAAUGUCUUGGAUUUGAUCUUUCAAGUGAAGAUGAUGAUCUGCGUAGAGCUGUCAAAUUGUCGAAAGAACUAAGGAAGAAACAAAAAUGGAUUCUAAUUUUAGAUGAUUUGUGGAACACUUUUGAGCUACACGAAGUGGGAAUUCCUGACCCGGUGAAAGGAUGCAAGCUGAUUAUGACAACUCGAUCUGAAAGGGUUUGUCAACGGAUGGAUAGCCAAAACAAAAUCAAAGUGAAGCCACUUUCGGAGAGUGAAGCUUGGGAUUUGUUCAACGAAAAACUUGGACAUGGCAUAACAUUUUGCCAAGAUGUGGAACGAAUUGCAGUAGAUAUUGCAAGGGAAUGUGCUGGUUUGCCAUUGGGCAUUAUUGCAAUCGCAGGAAGCUUGAGGAGGGUGGAUGACCUACAUGAGUGGAGGAAUACAUUGAAGAAAUUGAAAAAAUCAAAAUGUAGGGACAUGGAAGAUAAGGUAUUCCGGUUGUUGAGGUUUAGUUAUGACCAGUUACAUGAUUUAGCACUACAACAGUGUCUCUUAAACUGUGCAUUAUUUCCUGAAGAUCAUGAGAUUGUAAGGAAGGAGUUGAUAGAUUAUUUGAUCGAUGAGGGGGUAAUUGAAAGAGUGGAGAGCAGGCAAGAAGCAGUUGACGAGGGCCACACUAUGCUUAAUAGACUUGAAAGUGUCUGCCUAUUGGAAGGUGCUAAAAACAUGUAUGGUGAUAGAUGUGUCAAGAUGCAUGACUUGAUUAGGGAUAUGGCCAUCCAAAUACUGCAAGAGAACUCUCAAGGCAUGGUUAAAGCAGGUGCACGGUUAAGAGAAGUGCCGGGUGCAGAGGAGUGGACAGAGAAUCUUACUAGAGUUUCACUGAUGCAUAACCAGAUUGAAGAAAUUCCUUCCACGCAUUCACCGAGGUGUCCCAGCCUUUCAACUCUAUUGUUAUGCGACAAUUCACAGUUGCAAUUUAUUGCAGAUUCAUUUUUUGAGCAGUUGCAUGGGCUCAAGGUUCUUGAUCUGUCUCGUACAGGUAUUACAAAACUACCUGAUUCUGUCUCUGAAUUGGUGAGUCUCACUGCAUUACUGCUCAUUGAUUGUAAGAUGUUAAGGCAUUUACCGUCAUUAGAAAAGCUCAGGGCACUGAAGAGGUUAGAUCUCUCUGGUACUCGGGCACUUGAAAAGAUUCCUCAAGGCAUGGAAUGUCUAUGCAACCUGAGGUAUCUUAGAAUGAAUGGAUGUGGUGAAAAGGAGUUUCCUAGUGGGUUGUUACCUAAGCUCUCUCACCUGCAAGUCUUUGUAUUGGAGGAGUGGAUUCCUCCUGCUACCAAAGAUAAUAGAAGAGGACAACCUGCUCCGGUAACAGUUAAAGGAAAGGAAGUAGGAAAGUUUGGACCACUGGAUAAGUAUCAUUAUGGUUAUGAUUAUGAUUAUGAUGGUUGCAGAAGGAAAACAAUUGUUUGGGUUAACUUGAGUAUCGACAGAGAUGGAGGUUUUCAGGUCAUGUUUCCAAAGGACAUUCAACAACUGACUAUUGAUAAUAAUGAUGAUGCAACAAGUUUAUGCGAUGUUUCCUCUCAAAUAAAGUAUGCAACUGAUCUGGAGGAUAUCAAGAUUUUUAGUUGCUAUAGCAUGGAGAGCUUGGUUUCAUCUUCUUGGUUCCGCUCUGCUCCACUACCAUCUCCAUCUUACAACGGUAUAUUUUCUGGUCUUAAACGGUUUAAUUGUUCUGGUUGUAAGAGCAUGAAGAAGUUGUUCCCUCUUGUCUUGCUGCCAAGCCUCGUAAACCUCGAAAAUAUUAGAGUUUCUGACUGUGAGAAGAUGGAGGAGAUAAUAGGUGGAACAAGACCAGAUGAAGAGGGGGUUAUGGGUGAAGAAACCAGCAGCAGCAAUAUCGAAUUCAAACUCCCAAAGUUAACGAUGUUGGCAUUGGAGGGAUUACCAGAACUGAAAAGGAUUUGUAGUGCAAAACUGAUUUGCGAUUCUAUCGGAGCAAUUGACGUAAGAAAUUGCGAGAAAAUGGAGGAGAUAAUAGGUGGAACAAGAUCAGAUGAAGAAGGGGUUAUGGGUGAAGAAAGCAGCACCGAUCUCAAACUCCCCAAGUUAAUAUUUCUGCAAUUGAUUAGAUUACCAGAACUGAAAAGCAUUUACAGUGCAAAAUUGAUUUGCGAUUCUCUCCAAUUAAUUCAAGUAAGGAAUUGUGAGAAGCUGAAGAGGAUGGGAAUUUGUCUUUCGUUGCUUGAAAAUGGCGAGCAUCCUAAUGCUAAGGAUGUCCUUCGUCCCUUUUUAAAGUUGGUUAAAGGAUGA